AUGACUUUAUUCAGCAACGUGUUACCGUCUGGAGGGUUGAAGGCCGCUGUCAUGUCUAAAAUUGUAGGCAAGCAUCGCGACCCCCUUUACGAACAAGCAACCCGACAGUUUGGUUUGGGACAGGACAAGAUCGACGACAUCCUGCCAUGCACGCCAUUCCAGCGCGACGUGAUCGAGUGGGCUGCGAACGAUCAGCGCCGUGCCAUCGGCCAUGUCCACUAUCAGAUAUCGAAAGAUGUUGACAUUGAACGCUUGGCCGCGGCCUGGAAAGAGGUUGUGCGUCAAACCCCGGCCCUGCGAUCCCUUACAUUCACAUCGGACUCCAACGAUCAUUUCCAACUUGUGCUGUCGGACAGCUUCACUUGGAUACACUCGACACCAAAAGACAUGAGACAGGUAGUCAAAGGCGAGGCAGCCGCCGCUGUCACUGGAACCCAAUGCAAUCGAUAUGCCGUCGUCGAGAGCCCGGAGUCGGGGCAACGAGUACUUGUCUGGACCUUCAACCAUGCCUUGGUGGAUGAUGCUCUGGAGAAGUCUAUCCUUCGAGAUGUCCACGCAGUCUACACUGGUGGGGAGAUUCAACGCUCCAUGAAGAAUGGAGUACAUCGGAAUCGUUCCAACCAGGAUCCAGAUGGUGCGGCCGAGUUCUGGCAGCAACACUUCCAUGACCUGGACGCCUCUAUAUUUCCUCCUUUGCCUUCAGCCGUGGCUGUACCCCAUCCCGUUGCGGAGGCAGAGCAUCGCGUUUCCUACCCGGGCUCAGCCAGGCCGGGUUGGGACCCAACGGUCAUUUGUCGAGCAGCGCUCGCGGUGCUCCUUGCCCGAUAUACUAAUGCCUCGGAAGCUCUUUUCGGCGUCCUGACGGAGGACCCCCUUACGUCAAAUGGGCAGGUUUGUACGGUUGAUGGUCCAACACGAACCAUCAUGCCCACCCGUGUGCUUUGCCCUCCUCAUCAAUCCCAGUCGGAUCUUAUGCGAGCCAUCGCUGCGCAUGAUGCCGCUGCGCGUGAGUUCGGACAGACUGGUCUUUACGAUGUCCGCCAGACCGGGGACUUCGGGUCUGCCGCAUCCGGAUUCCAAACCGUACUGGCAGUGACCACUGGCAUUGGACCACAGGCACCGGUAUCUGAUAUGCUUCAUCGGAAGAUUGUGGACUUUGACAGAUUCGUGCCUUGCAAUGACCGCGCGCUUCUACUCAACUGUCAGAUGGCCGGCGACUCUGCAACACUGCUUGCACGAUACGACACGAACGUGAUUGACUCACGCCAGAUGGCUCGUUUCCUGAGACAACUCGGGUGCUUGAUCAAGCAGUUCCAGGACCCUGCGGUCGAUCUGUCUCUGCGAGAGCUAGACGGCGUUUCCCCGGAGGAUCGAGCAGAGUUAGAAAGCUGGAAUCCAGAACGGCUACAGACGAUCGAGGCCUGCAUCCACGACGUGGUGGCCAAGAGGGCUGCCAAUACACCAAAAGAGACCGCCGUGUCUGCUUGGGACGGGGAUUGGUCAUACGCUGAGCUGGACGCCGUGUCGUCGCGCCUUGCGCGGCACAUCCAGUCCCUCGGGCUGGAAUUCGGACAUGCGGUGCCGCUUUGCUUCGAAAAGUCCAAGUGGAUGGUCGCCGCACUCUUCGCCGUGCUCAAAGCCGGCCGAGCUUUCACCCUCAUCGAUCCGACAAACCCGCCAGCCAGGAUUACCCAGAUCUGUCGGCAAACUCGCGCCACGGUUGCCCUGGUUUCCAAGUCCCACCGCGAUACGAUGCGUUCUCUCAUCCCGCAUUGCAUUGUGAUUGAUGAGGAGUUGUCCCAGUCUCUGCCGAGCGAUGAUAAACGAUACAACCCGAUCGCGAAGCCGCAGGAUGUGGCCUAUAUCAUCUUCACUUCGGGCAGCACGGGCGAGCCAAAAGGAGCUAUGGUUGAGCACCGAGGAUUUGUUUCGUGCUCCACCAAGUUUGCGCCCGCGGCCGGCAUCAGCAAUCAUACGCGCUCUCUUCAGUUCGCUUCGUACGGGUUCGGCGCAUGCCUGGCGGAAACCUUGUCAACCUUGAUGCAGGGUGGUUGCGUCUGUAUCCCUUCGGAAGAUGAUCGACUGAAUAACAUUCCAGGUUUCAUCAAAAAGAGCGGAGUCAACUGGGCAUUGCUCACACCUUCAUUCAUCGGGGCUGUUCCAUCGGACAGCAUCAGUGGACUGAAGACACUUGUAUCGGGCGGAGAACCAAUGACGGCUGAGAUAAGAGAUUCACUGGCUUCAAAGCUAAAUCUCCUCAAUGGUUACGGCCAGAGUGAGAGCUCAACCAUCUGCAGCAUUGCAGAAGUCAAACCAGACACUGCAGACUUGAACAUCAUCGGCCGCGCCGCAGGAGCCCGCCAUUGGAUCACCAACCCUAACGACCCCGACCAGCUUGUGCCGAUUGGUUGCGUUGGCGAGCUGAUGAUUGAAAGUCCAGGAAUAGCGCGAGGAUAUGUAGUUCCCCCGCCACAACACGAGUCGCCUUUUCUUGCCGACGCCCCUGCCUGGUACCCUACGAAGCAGCGGGCUGCCUCUGUCAAGUUUUACAGGACUGGAGAUCUUGUCUUUUACAGAUCUGAUGGCACUAUCGCCUACCUCGGGCGUAAGGACACCCAAGUCAAGAUCCGAGGGCAGCGCGUAGAGCUAGGUGAUGUGGAGACUCAUUUGCGAUCAGAGUUGCCCAGCCACAUCACGCCCGUGGUCGAAGCGGUCAAACGAUCAGAGUCGUCCAACAGGACGACCCUGGUUGCAUUCCUGGCAGGGCCAGCUCAGGACGGAGAAGAUGCUUUCCGUGAUAUCUCAGGGUUUGAUGCCUGCAUCAUGGAACAUAGCGCGGCCAGUCGUCUCAAAAAGCGAAUGCAGCAGCUUGUUCCCAGCCACUCCGUUCCCUCGUUUUAUCUUCGCAUGAAGCAGCUUCCGGCCACUGCGACUGGGAAAACGGAUCGGAGGAGACUCCGGGACAUUGGUCUCAGGCUAAUAGACAACAUUGUUCAGGAAUCGGCUUCCCAGCCCAAUGGGGAGCUUGGUUCAUCGGCCAGUUUAAAGACUACGCUGCGACAGCUGUGGUAUCGAAGCUUGAAUCUUGAUCCCAACUCGGCAAGUCAAAAAGCCAAUUUUUACGAGCUAGGCGGAGACUCCAUUGCAGCGAUCAAACUGGUGAAUAUGGCGCGGACAUGUCGCAUAAAUUUGAGCGUUAUGGAAGUCUUUGAUAAACCUAAUCUCACGGACCUUGAAGCCGCGGUCCGGCGGGGUUCGGCCCCACAAAAUCCGAUCACGCCGACAGCCUACCGUGGGCCGGUUGAGCAGUCGUUUGCGCAGGGCCGCCUCUGGUUCCUCGAGCGUCUUUAUCCGGGACUCACGUGGUAUCUCACGUCGUUUGCUACCCGCCUUCGGGGGCCUUUAAACAUCGAAGCGUUGAGUGUAGCGCUGCUGGCUCUAGAGGAUCGCCACGAGGGGCUGCGCACCACUUUUCAACAACAUGAGGGUGUGAACGUGCAAGUAGUACAGCCUUUUAUGCCGAAGAAGCUACGGAUUAUUAAGAUCCUUGGAGGCUCUGAAGAAGGGCUCAUGAAAGCCUUGCAGAAGGAGACUUCUACACCUUUCGACUUGGAAACUGAGCCUGGCUGGCGUCCGGCGCUCUUCCACCUAGGCGAGAAUGACCAUGUGUUGUCUAUCGUGAUACACCACAUUAUAUCUGAUGGCUGGUCUGUCGACAUUCUCCAGCGUGAGCUGGCGGCCUUCUAUGAUGCAGCACUUUGCGGCGAGAAACCUCUGUCAAGGGUCAACCCCCUGCCCGUUCAGUACCGCGACUUCGCGUUAUGGCAGAAGGAGGAUGCACAGAUGGCCGAGCAAGACCGACAGCUAGCUUAUUGGAAGGGCCAGCUUGACGGAAGCCAACCUGCCACCCUCCUAUGUGAUAAGAUUCGCCCAGCUGUUCCUUCGGGUACGGCAGACAUGCAUGAGUUUACUAUCGAGGGCACGCUAUACCAAAAUCUCCAGAAAUUCUGUAGGGGGCACCAAACCACGCCAUUCUCCAUACUUUUUGCCGCUUUAAGAGCAACUCAUUAUCGUCUCACCGGGGUUGAUGAUGCAACAAUUGGCACGCCGAUGGCUAAUAGGAACCGAGAGGAACUAGAAGGUCUCAUUGGCUUCUUCGUCAACUUACAAUGCAUCCGCACCACGGUAGCAGACGACGAGACUUUCGAGACGUUGGUGAAGCAGACUGUUGCGGCGGCAAAUGCAGCGACUGCCAACCAGGAUGUCCCCUUUGAUCGGCUGGUCGCCGAGCUACGGCCUGGAGCACGCGAUACCUCACGCCAUCCGCUGGUUCAGAUGACCCUGUCCGUCCACUACCAGAAGGAUUUAGGUGACCUGCCGCUAAAGGAUCUAAGUGUAGAGCCUCUGAAGGUUACAAAGACCUCGCGGUUCGACCUUGAGCUACAUUUCUUCCAGCAAAAGAACAGCUUUCGUGGUGUUAUUAUGUUCUCAAACGAGCUAUAUGACCCUGCUUCUAUUAGCUCUAUGCAAUCCACCUUCCAUGAGGUGCUCCGUCGCGGCCUUGCGGAGCCGUCCGCCCCAAUCGCCUCUAUGCCUUUGACUGACGGCGUCUCCGCGCUCACGAGUAAAGGAUAUGAAAAAGUUGCGCGGACUAAGUACCCUCGGGAUGCGAGCGUGCCAGAUCUCUUCCGCGAGCAGGUGGCCCUCUGCGGUAACGCCAUCGCCGUCAAGGAGAGUAGCUCAGAGCUGACGUUGACGUAUGCUGAGCUGGACAGGCAGUCGGACCAGUUGGCCUUGUGGCUGGUGAAGCGAGGCUUUGCCCCCGAGACUAUGAUCGGCGUGCUAGCCCCGCGCUCGUGUGAAGCUAUCGUGGCUCUGCUCGGAAUUCUCAAGGCAGGUCUAGCCUAUUUGCCACUAGACGUGAACAUACCUCUGGGUCGGCUGCAAAGCAUUCUUUCCUCUAUUGAAGGCAAGAAGCUGCUCUUACUUGGAGCUAGUAUUCCAGUGCCAGCUACGGAAUUAGAUGACGUUGAAUUCCUGACUAUUUCAGAGGCACAGGAUAGCCGAAUAGUAACGCAGAAAGACCUAGUAAAACGGCUUCCAACACCCACGGGGACUAGUCUGGCCUACGUUAUGUUUACCUCCGGCUCUACCGGUCGUCCUAAGGGUGUUAUGAUAGAGCAUAGGGGCAUUGUUAGACUGGUGAAGAACACCAACAUCCAGUCACAAGCCGAAUCUGCCGUGCCCGUAGGCCAUAUAGCCAACCUUGCCUUUGACGCCGCUACCUGGGAAAUUUAUACAGCGCUUCUCAACGGCGGUUCUCUGGUCUGUAUCGAUCACACAACAGUUUUAGAUAUGGCCAUGCUGGGAAGGGUCUUUGAGCGAGAGAAGGUUCGGGCUGUCAUGUUUACACCAGCCCUGCUUAAACAAGUCCUAGCUGAGUCCCCUUCUGCCAUCAGAGGACUCGAGCUUCUAUUCGCCUCGGGAGAUCGCCUGGACGUCCAAGAUGCCCUGAAGGCGCAAUCACUAGCCAAGGGCGGCAUCAUCAACGCGCUCGGCCAUACAGAAAAUACAGUAUACAGCACAGCCUUCCGUAUGAGGCCGGAAGAGCUCUGCGUCAACGGCGUGCCCGUUGGACGCCCUAUCAGUAACUCCGGCGCCCUGGUGCUGGAUCCUCAGCAGCGCCUUGUGCCUCCAGGCGUCAUGGGCGAGCUUGUCCUGACGGGCGAUGGUGUAGCCCGUGGGUACACCGACCCGGCGCUGAACAAGGGUCGAUUCGUCGAGGUCAUCAUUGGCGGCGAGACCAUGCGAGCCUAUCGCACAGGUGAUCGUGCAAGGCAUCGGCCUGGAGAUGCCCAGUUGGAGUACUUUGGCCGUAUUGACCAGCAAGUCAAGAUUCGUGGCUUCCGCGUCGAGCCAGCUGAGGUCGAGCAGGUCCUUCUCAGACACCAAGCCGUUCGUGAUGCUGCUAUCGUCAUCCGGAAGCUGGAAGAUCGCGGAGUGGAAAUGGUCGGGUUCAUUGCGAUGCGGGAUGAGCAGCUCACCCAGGACGCCCGAAAUGAUAUAAGAAACCAAGUCGAAGGGUCAGGGUAUGUUUUCAAAAUGGAAGCGCAGAUCCGCGAGUACCUCCAGGUUUUGCUCCCGCCGUACAUGAUUCCCACACAAUUGAUGAUACUCGACCGGCUGCCGAUUAACGCCAACGGUAAGGUUGACCGUAAAGAGCUCGCACAGCUCGCGCAGACCGUACCAAAGGGUAGAAGAGCGGUAGCCGCGCGAGUUGCACCGCGUAAUGAAGUAGAAAAUAUCCUCUGCUUAGAAUUCGCCGACAUACUCGGUGUCGACGUCGGCAUCACCGACAACUUCUUUAACCUCGGCGGACACUCCCUCAUGGCCACAAAGCUAGCUGCGCGUUUAACCCGACGAUUAGAGUCCCGGGUAUCUGUCAAGGAUAUUUUCGACCGCCCGGUUCUCGCCGACCUUGCCGCAACUAUCAGACUAGGCUCUGAUAAAUAUAGCCGCAUCCCGUCCCAGCCCUAUAACGGCCCGGUCGAACAGUCUUUCGCCCAGGGUCGCCUGGCGUUCCUGCAUCAACUCGGACUGGGUGACUCCUCCGGUUAUCAUAUUGCGAUGGCAGUACAUAUGAGCGGUCCGCUACAGACUGAUGCGCUCUCUGUUGCUCUAGACGCGCUUGUGCAGCGCCACGAGACCUUGCGAACCACUUUCGAGGAGCACGAGGGUGUAGGCGUCCAAGUUGUGCACUCGCCAGGCCACAGCACGGGUCUUCGUGUGGUUGACGUCUCUGAUGGGUGUUACGAAGAGAUUCUGAAGCAGGAGCAGGCAACGCCGUUCGAUCUGACAUCAGAACCUGGCUGGCGCGUCGCCCUGCUCCGCCUAGGGGAAGAUAACCAUAUUAUUUCUAUCAUCAUGCACCACAUCAUAUCCGACGGCUGGUCGUUCGAGGUCUUGCAAAGAGAACUGUCUACUUUCUAUGCCGCCGCUCUUCGCGGCCAAGAUCCCUUGACGCAGGUAUCGCCGCUCCCUAUCCAGUACCGCGACUUCGCUACGUGGGAGAAGCAGGAUGAGCAGGCGGCUGAACACGAACGUCAACUGGAAUACUGGAAGACGGAACUGGCUGGCAGCCAGCCAGCUACUCUCUUGUGUGAUAAAACCCGGCCUGCCAGGGUCUCUGGCAGUGGCGGGCUUGUCGAAUUCUCCAUCGAGGGGCCUGUUUAUGAAAACCUCCAGGCCUUCUGCCGUGCCAAGCAGGCUACCUCACAUGUCGUACUGCUUACUGCUUUUCGUACAGCACACUACCGUUUGACUAGCGAUGACGAUGCUACGGUUGAUCUUGAAGACUUAAUCGGCUUCUUCGUCAAUACCCAGUGUAUGAGGAUUGUAGUUGAAAAAGAUCAGACCUUCGAGGGGCUGGUUCGUCAGGUAAAGUCGACAUCUACAACGGCGUCUGUGAAUCAAGAUGUACCGUUUGAGCGUAUCGUUUCAGCCCUCUUGCCUGGUUCGAGAGAUAUAUCUCGUAACCCGCUGGUUCAACUCAUGUUCGUAGUCCACACCGAGCAGGACAUUGGAAAGAUACAACUCGAAGGCCUUACAAGCAAGAUCUUGCCGUUUACACCCACCACCCGAUUUGAUCUCGAGUUUCACCUAUUCCAAGAUGAGGGGAGACUUAGAGGCGCUGUCUACUAUUCUACAGACCUCUUCGAGUCCAAGACCGUUCAGGUUGUCGUCGAUGUGUUUCAGGAGGUGCUGCGACGGGGGCUCGACCAGCCGCAGGCGCCUGUUGCAGGCCUGCCCCUUACCGAUGGCCUGCCAGCUCUACGGAGCAUGGGACUCCUCGAGAUCGACAAGUCAGAUUAUCCCCAUGACUCUAGCGUGGUAGACGUUUUCCUCGAGCAGGUAGCCUCUCGUCCCGACGCUAUUGCUGUUAAGGACGCCUCAUCGCAGCUGACUUAUGCACAACUUAACAACCAGUCAGAUAGGCUUGCCGCCUGGUUACGGCAACGCAAGCUUGCUGCCGAAACGUUAGUCGGGGUGCUCUCCCCACGAUCAUGCGAGACUAUUAUCGCCAUUUUCGCGAUUCUCAAGGCGAACCUGGCCUAUUUGCCGUUGGAUAUCAAUGUGCCUACCUCUCGCCUUGAGGAUAUCUUGUCGGAGGUUCCUGACGAAAGGCUGGUUCUAGUCGGCGCUACUGUCCCUCUGCCGGACCUUGAGCUAUCCGGUGUCGAGCUGGUACGGAUAGUCGAGGCAUUAAAUCAUAGCUGUCCGAGGGACGACGGAUUAGAUUUACUCACAGGCCCGCAGGCAAUGAGUCUCGCAUAUGUCAUGUUUACGUCUGGCUCUACUGGCCGCCCCAAGGGUGUCAUGAUCGAGCACCGCGGAAUUACUCGACUUGUGAAGAACACACACCAAUAUUUACAAGUGGAGCAUGGAUUCAGCGUAGCCCAUGUUUCCAACCUGGCUUUUGAUGCCGCAACAUGGGAGAUAUACUCGCCGCUUCUCAACGGUGGAACAGUCGUCUGCCUCGACCAAAUAUCAGUUCUGAGCCCUUCUCUUCUCAGCGAGGCAAUUAAAACCAACAAUAUUACUACAGCUCUCUUCACGACUGCUUUGCUACGCCAGUAUCUCGAAGAAACACCUUUUGUUGUUAGCGGCUUAGACGUCCUACUUACCGGAGGCGAGAAGAUGCGACCGCAAGACGCGUUGAAGGCCCGUAGCCUCGUGAGGCGAGCGCUCUGUCACAUGUACGGUCCUACAGAGAAUACGACCUACAGCACUAUAUACGUAAUGGGACCAGAAGAGCGUUGCGUCAACGGACUGCCUAUUGGGCGGGCUGUUAGAAAUUCAGGAGCCUACAUCAUGGACUCGCAGCAGCAGCUCCUUCCUUUGGGUGUAAUAGGCGAGCUUAUCCUCACGGGCGAUGGUCUAGCCCGCGGUUAUAUGAAUCCGUCGCUCAAUUUGGAUCGUUUUGUGCAAGUCAAUAUCGACGGUCAUUCUGUCCGAGCAUACAGGACAGGUGAUCGUGCGCGAUACCGGCCUGCCGAUGGAGAGAUCGAAUUCAUCGGUCGUACGGACAACCAGGUUAAAAUCAGAGGCUACCGUAUCGAGACGACGGAAGUAGAACAGGCCUUGGCUGCUCUCGCGGGGGUCCGCAACUCUGCCGUUGUGAUCCGGAAGUUUGAAGACCAGCAGCCUGACAUGGUGGGCUUUGUCACAGUGCAGGCGGAUGGUGAGUUAAAGCCGGCAGAGAACGGACACGAAGAUCCUACUGCUGCCUCCACCACCGCCAACGUUACAGAGAGGAAUAUUAGACAGCGGCUUCAGACAGUCCUCCCCUCAUACAUGGUGCCGGCCCAGAUCGUUGUGGUAGACCAUUUGCCCCUCAGCACGAACGGCAAGGUCGAUUAUCGCGAACUUGUAAGGAGAGCUCUGACGACUCCAAGAACUAAUACGGUUGCACAUCGUAUUGCGCCACGUAACGAGGUGGAAGCAGCACUUUGCGACGAAUACGAAAAGGUCCUCGGUAUCGAGGUUGGCAUUACAGACAACUUCUUCGAUCUUGGUGGACAUUCUUUGAUGGCGACAAAACUUGCGGCGCAUAUCAGCCGCCGGCUUGACGCCCGUGUGUCUGUAAAAGACAUCUUUGACCAGCCAGUCCUUGUAGACCUUGCUGCUAUUAUUCGGCCAGGCUCGGCUCUACAUAGUACUAUCAAUCCAGUGCCGUACUAUGGGCCGGUCGAGCAAUCGUUUGCCCAGGGCCGUCUUUGGUUUUUGGACAAGCUCAACCCCGACGCAUUGUGGUACCUCAUGCCCCUCGCAGUACGCUUACGGGGACCCCUUCGCGUUGAUGCUCUUACUACAGCAAUAAACACACUACAAGAGCGCCAUGAGACUAUGCGGACGACUUUCGUAGAGAAAGACGGCGUCGGUGUGCAGGUCGUUCACCCUUACGAAAGAAAGGACUUGAAAAUGGUCGAUCUCUCUCAUUUGCGAAACAGCAGCAGCUACAUCCAGCCGCUCCAAAAGGAACAGGCAACCUCUUUUAAUCUAGCUUCUGAGCUAGGCUGGAGAGUGACUUUAUAUAAGCUGGGAGAGGACGAUUACGUUCUUUCUAUCGUAAUGCACCAUAUCAUUUCUGACGGCUGGUCUGUCGACAUUUUGCGCAAAGAGCUUUGUGCGUUCUAUGCCGCGGCGGUUAGGGGUGAAGACCCCUUAUCGCAGGUGAGGCCGCUCCCUAUUCAGUAUCGUGACUUUGCCGUAUGGCAGAGGAGCUCUGCUCAAGCGACCGAGCAACAGAAGCAGCUUGAGUAUUGGACUGAGCAGCUGGCGGAUAGUACGCCUGCUGAGUUCCUAUGUGAUAAGCCGCGGCCGGCUAGACUCUCAGGCGACGCCGGCAACAUCCAGUUUACCAUCAAGGGUUCUGUUUACGAGACUCUACAAACUUAUUGCAGGGCCAACCAUUUUACCUCCUUUUCUGUGCUGCUUGCGGCGUUCCGCGCUACGCACUACAGACUGACGGGGGUAGAGGAUGCAACCAUCGGAACCCCGAUGGCUAACCGGAACAGGCCCGAGGUUGAGGAUUUGGUCGGCUUCUUUGUCAAUGCCCAGUGUAUGCGUACUGUUGUUCGAGACGGCGAGACGUUCGACAGCCUUGCCCAGCAGGUUCGUACUACUACGGCCGCUGCCUUUGAGAACCAGGACGUGCCAUUUGAGAGCGUGGUGACGGCCCUCCAGCCUAGCUUUAGAGAUACGUCCCGCAAUCCCUUGGUGCAGCUGAUGUUCGCUCUACACUCGCAACACGAUCUUGGAAGGCUUCCUUUCGAAGGCCUUGUUAGUGAGCGUAUCCAAACGCCUGCAACAACCCGGUUCGAUGUCGAGUUCCACUUGUUCCAGGAAGAAGGCCAGCUGAGCGGUAACGUCAUGUUUGCCUCCGACCUGUUUGAGGCCGUUACGAUUCGUGGCGUUGUUGACAUCUUCCAAGAGGUGCUACGCCGCGGCCUAGCACAGCCCGAAACGUCCAUCGCAUCCCUACCACUAACGGAGAGCCUAUCUGGACUGCAUAACUUUAGUCUUGUGGAAGUAGAGAAAACCGCCUACCCACGAGAAUCAAGUGUUGUAGAUGUUUUUGUCGACCAGCUAGCUGCAAACCCCGAUGCCGUGGCUGUCAAGGACUCGUCCUCUCAACUGUCCUACUCGCAGCUGGAUGAGCAAUCCGACGUCCUUGCGACCUGGCUCCGGCAACGGCGCUUGCCGGCUGAGACGCCUAUUGCUGUCUUUGCUCCUCGGUCGUGCGAGACUAUCGUGGCCUUCCUCGGCAUCCUCAAAGCUAACUUGGCGUACCUCCCUCUUGACGUCAAUGUCCCAGCAGCACGCCUUACCUCUAUACUCUCGUCAAUAGAGGGUAAGGUUCUCGUUCUACUUGGCUCUACGGUCACCAAACCUACCCUUGAACUACCAAAUGUUUCCAUGGUGCCGAUCCACGAUACCCUGCGUAACAUCCCCAAUGGUAAUUCCUCCCGGGAUUUCUCGAAGCCAAGUGCUACCAGUCUUGCCAAUAUUAUCUUUACAUCUGGCUCGACUGGCAAGCCAAAGGGCGUUAUGAUCGAGCACCGUGGUAUCGUCAGGCUGGUGAAGCAGAGCAACGUGGUCUCCAAGCUACCGCUAGAUGCACGCAUGGCGCACCUAUCAAACAUCGCCUUUGACGCAUCAACGUGGGAAAUUUGGACAGCUCUACUGAACGGCGGCACCUUAAUUUGUAUCGACUACUUCACUACAUUGGACCCUGUAGCCCUCAACGACAAGUUCCUCCAGGAGCGGGUUCAGGUGACUUUACUACCACCUGCCUUGUUGAAGCAGUGCCUUGAGACUACGCCUACCACUCUUAGCUCUUUAGAUCUUCUAUUCACUGGAGGUGAUCGAUUUGAUAGUCACGAUGCCGCUGCAGCACGGGCUUUGGUCCCAGGCGGCGUCUAUAACGCGUACGGUCCGACGGAAAAUACAGUUAUUAGUACGAUGUACGAAUUGUCCGAGCAGGACUCGUUUGUGAAUGGUGUCCCAAUCGGCAAAGCCAUCAGCAACUCGGGCGCUUAUAUUCUAGAUCCCAAACAGCAGCUUGUUCCUAUGGGUGUUAUGGGCGAACUUGUUGUCACAGGCGAUGGUCUUGCCCGAGGCUACACCAAUGCCGCACUCAACAAGGAACGGUUCGCUCAGGUGGCUAUCCACGGCCAGGUUGUCAGGGCAUAUCGAACUGGCGACCGUGUGCGGUAUCGUCCCACGGAUGGUCAGAUUGAGUUUUUUGGACGCAUGGACCAACAGGUCAAGAUCCGAGGCCACCGCGUGGAACCAGCUGAAGUAGAACAGGCACUGCUCAAUUAUGCCGAUAUUUUCGACGCCGCUGUGGUCCUUCGCAAUCGGGAAGAAGGGCAAGAGCCUGAGAUGAUUGGUUUCGUAGCGACUCGAGGUGAUCAAUCCUUAGAGCAAAACGAGGCUGACAAUCUGGUGGAGGGAUGGGGCAAUCACUUCGAUGUGAUUACUUACGCGGAUGUUGAGAACAAGAUCGACCAAACUGCAGUUGGUAACGAUUUUUUGAACUGGACAUCCAUGUACGACGGCACCGAGAUUGAUAAGGGGGAAAUGCAGGAAUGGCUUGAUGAUACCAUAGCGGCCCUCCAUGACGGACAACCGGCCGACCGGGUGUUCGAAAUUGGUACGGGUACCGGUAUGAUCCUCUUCAACUUGAAAGGCCUCGAAGGAUAUGUCGGUCUCGACCCGUCGGCCUCGGCGACCGCUUUCGUCAACAGCAAAAUCCAGUCUCUCCCGUCUCUUGCCGGCAAAGCCCAAGUCCAUGUCGGAACGGCGAUGGAUGUGAAUACAUACGGAGUUGAUGCGAAGGCUAGCCUUGUCGUGACCAACUCUGUUGCUCAGUAUUUCCCCUCGGGCGAAUAUCUCUUCGAGGUGAUUGAGCAACUGACCUGUCUCCCGGGCGCAAAGCGCCUGUUUUUUGGUGACAUGCGAAGCUACGCAAUUAACAAGGACUUCCUUGCAGCAAGGGCGUUGUAUAACCUGGGACCAUCCGCUAACAGAUAUGAGAUCCAGCGUAGGAUGGCUGAGCUGGAAGAGAACGAAGAAGAGUUACUUGUCGAUCCGGCCUUCUUCACUGGACUCAAGGCCCGGCUACCGAACAGCAUCUGGCAUGUAGAGAUUUUGCCAAAGCGGAUGAAUGCCAUAAACGAGCUCAGCGCAUACAGAUACGCGGCCGUCAUACACCUGCGAGGCUCACAAGAAGACCACGCUCAGCACACUGUGCAUUCGAUCGAACCAGACGCGUGGAUCGAUUUCAAGAAUACCCAUCUAGACGCUACCGGCCUACUCAGCUUGCUACGGAGCUCAGGAGAUGCCUUGACCGUUUCCGUCGCUAACAUUCCCUAUAAAAUGACCAUUACAGAGCGAAUGCUUGUCGAAUCGCUAGGAGAUGAUGAAGAGACGCAACGCUCUGUCGACGGUACAGCUUGGAUCUCGGGUAUCCGCGCCGCGGUGGAGCGGACGCCGUCUCUUUCUGCGGCGGAUCUUGCCAAGCUCGGCGAACAAGCCGGCUUCCGUGUUGAGCUAAGUUGUGCCCGACAGCGGUCCCAAAACGGAGCGCUAGACGCCGUCUUCCACCGCCACCACAACCACACUCAAGUCAGCAACAAACAAAGUCGUAUCUUGUUCGACUUCCCUACAGAGAAUAAUGCCCAAUUAUCCAACCUGCUCACUAACCGGCCUGUGCAGCGGCACCAGAGCCGCCGCCUCGAGACGCAAAUCCGGGAACAGCUCCAGACAGUUCUUCCACCUUACAUGAUCCCGGCUCAAAUUGUAGUGCUGGACCGUCUACCGUUGAAUGCGAACGGCAAGACAGACCGGCGUGAACUGGAGCGUAAGGCGAAGGCUGCGCCUAGGACAAAGACAUUAUUAACCGAGCGUGUGGAGCCACGGAACGAGGUGGAAGCCGUGCUCUGCGAGGAGUUUUCCAUAGUUCUUGGGGUUGGAAUGGGAAUCACAGACAACUUCUUCGAUGUCGGCGGGCACUCCCUCAUGGCUACGAAGCUUGCUGCGCUUCUUUCUCGGCGAUUAGAUGCCCAGAUCUCUGUCAAGGACAUCUUCGACCAUGCUCGCAUUAUCGACCUGGCCGCUACUAUUCGGCAGGGCUCUAGCAAGCAUAGCGCGAUUCAGCCGAUGCCUUAUAACGGUCCGGUUGAGCAGUCGUUUGCCCAAGGCCGUUUGUGGUUCCUGGACCGGAUCGAACUUGGCGCAUCAUGGUAUAUCAUGCCACUUGCAGUGCGCUUACGUGGGCCCUUGCAAGUUGACGCCCUUGCUGCGGCGCUGCGUGCCUUAGAACUACGCCACGAGACGCUUCGCACAACGUUCGAAGAGCACGACGGUGUCGGAGUACAAGUCAUUCAUCCUUACCAGCCAAAGGAGCUCCGAGUGAUUAGUGUGCCAAAAGAUGGAAGUUAUCUUGAGAUACUCCAAAAGGAGCAGAGUACUCCGUUUGACCUCACGACUGAGCCCGGCUGGCGGCGAACGUUACUUCGCCUGAACGAACAUGACCACAUUCUCUCUAUCGUCAUGCAUCACAUUAUCUACGAUGGCUGGUCCAUUGAAAUUCUCCAGCGCGAGCUGUCCGACUUUUACAGCUCUGCUACUCAUGGGCAAGAUCCCACCCAGGCCGCACCUCUGUCUAUCCAAUAUAGAGAUUUCGCCCUUUGGCAGAAGCAAGAGGCUCAGGUAGCUGAACAUGAGCGUCAAUUAUCUUACUGGCAGCAACAGCUGGAAGGCAGUCAGCCGGCCAGUCUAUUCUGCGACAAGCCACGGCCAGCUACACUAUCUGGAAAUGCUGGUGUCGCCUCUAUCACUAUUGACGGUGCUGUAUUUGAGAAUCUCCAAGCGUACUGCCGAGCGCGACAGACCACGCCAUAUACUAUUCUUUUAGCCGUCUUCCGGGCCACACACUACCGCCUGACAGGCGUUGAAGACGCAGCUAUAGGCACGCCUAUUGCUAACCGUAACCGGCCGGAGCUUGAGGAUCUCAUCGGCUUCUUUGUUAAUACCCAGUGUAUACGGGUUGCCGUUAGCGAUGAUGAAACAUUUGAUGGACUUGUGCAACAGGUCCGUUCAGCAUCGUCAGCUGCGCAUCAGAAUCAGGAUGUGCCCUUCGAGCGUAUCGUAUCGGCAUUACAGCCUGGAUCUAGAGAUACAUCCCGCAACCCGUUGGUUCAACUCAUGUUUGCUGUCCAUGCCCAAAAGCAAGGACUCAGUAGCUUCAAGCUCCAGGGUAUAGACAGCGAGCUUCUUACCAACGCGGUGACAACCCGGUUUGAUAUGGAAUUCCACUUAUUCCAGGAAAAAGGACGGUUCACAGGCAGCAUUCUAUAUGCAACCGACCUCUUUAGCCCUGAAACGGUCCGUUGUUUAACUGGUGUCUUCCAAGAGGUCCUUCGCCGCAGUCUAGAACAGCCGGGGGGUAUCCUAUCGUCUUUGCCACUCACUGACGGCUUGGGCGAGCUGCAAAGUAUGGGCCUGCUUGAAGCUCCAAAGACGAAAUACGACCGAGACUCGAGUGUCGUGGAUCUUUUCCUCCAGCAGGCUCGAAGGCAUCCUGAGGCGCCGGCUGUCACUGAUUCUACCUCGACUUUGACUUAUUCGCAGCUAGAUCAGCAGUCUAACAGGCUGGCAGCAUGGCUUCGACUUCGUGGUAUGAGCGAUGAGACGCUGGUCGGCGUCCUGGCUCCUCGCUCGUGCGAUGCCAUAGUUGCCUUCUUAGGUAUCCUCAAGGCCAAUUUGGCAUAUCUCCCACUCGACGUCAAUGUACCCAUCUCGCGUGUGGAGACAAUCCUUGCAUCCAUUCCUGGCCAUAAGCUACUUUUAGUCGGUUCAGAUGUCUCUAUAGAUGCUGCAAUCCAGGACGUCGAGCCGAUACGCAUCAGCGCCGCUCUCGCCAAUUCCAAGAGUCUCAGUGAUACUGCCGAAGCCACGGCACACUCUAUCUCCCGGCCCGGCCCCAAGAGCCUCGCCUACGUUAUGUACACGUCUGGUUCUACCGGCCGGCCCAAGGGUGUCAUGGUCGAACACCGAAGCAUCGUCCGCCUCGUCAACAACACAAACUUGAUCCCGCACACGCAGGCGAUCCAGGUCGUUGCCCAUAUGUCCAACUUGGCUUUCGACGCCGCCACGUGGGAGAUAUACACGCCACUUCUCAACGGCGGGCUGAUUGUCUGCAUCGACUAUAUGACAGCCCUCAGCCCUCCUGACCUCGGCCCGAUCCUCUCUAGCAAGGGAGUUAGGGCGGCUUUCUUCACGCCAGCCCUGCUGAAGCAGUUCCUAGACAACGCACCCUUUAUCAUCAGCGGCCUUGAUCUCUUGAUAGCUGGCGGUGACCGCAUUCGGCCAGAAGACGCACGGAAGGCGGUGCACCUAGUACGCCACUCCUUCUGCAACGGCUACGGACCGACAGAGAAUACGACCUUCAGUACGAUGUAUCGCAUGCAUAAAAAGGAGUCGUAUGUCAAUGGCGUUCCCAUCGGGCGAGCUAUCAGCAACUCGGGGGCAUACGUUAUGAAUUCGCGCCAGCAGCUUGUAUCGAUCGGCGUUGUCGGUGAACUUGUUGUUACAGGCGACGGCCUCGCACGCGGAUAUACCGACGUCAAGCUCAACAAGGAUCGCUUUAUCGAUGUGACUAUCGCUGGUCAACUCAGAAGGGCGUAUAGGACUGGCGACCGCGUACGUAUUCGACCUACGGACGGUCAGAUUGAGUUCAUUGGUCGACAGGAUCAUCAGGUCAAGAUCAGAGGCCACCGUAUCGAGCCCGCUGAGAUUGAAAGGGUGAUGCUCGGCUAUGCCAUAGUUGACGACGCCAUUGUCGUUCUCUCGCAGCCGAGUGAGGGUCGAGAUCCGGAGCUCAUUGGCUUCUUUACUACUCGUCACGUCAACAGCUCCACGAAGAAUAAUACAUCAGGAGAUGAUCAGUCCGACGCGAAAGCAGAGAAGGAACUCCGACGGUAUCUGCGAGCCAUGCUCCCAUCCUACAUGGUCCCCUCUCGAGUGUUGAGACUGGACAAGCUGCCUAUCAACGCCAAUGGCAAGGUCAACCGUAAGACCGUAGACGACGUGCCUGAACGUGUAGCUCCUCGUAAUAGGGUAGAGGCUGCGCUCUGCGAAGAGUUUGCUGGUGUACUCGGGGUUGAAGUCGGCAUUACCGAUAACUUCUUUGAAUUAGGCGGCCAUUCUCUGAUGGCCACGAAGCUUGCAGCGCGUAUUAGCCGCCGGCUAGAUGCCUCUGUAUCUGUCAAGGAUGUCUUUAACCAGCCAGCAAUUAUAGACCUUGCGGCUACGAUCACACAGGGCUCAACCCAGCACAACCCGAUCCCUCCUACGACCUACUCUGGACCAGUAGAGCAGUCAUUUGCCCAAGGACGUCUAUGGUUCCUAGAGCAGAUGAACCUUGGGGCGUUGUGGUACCUCAUGCCGCUCGCGAUACGUUUCCGCGGUCCGCUCCAGAUAGACGCGCUCACGGCUGCAAUUGUUUCCCUCGAGAAACGUCAUGAGACAUUACGCACAACAUUCGAAGAACAAGACGGCAUCGGCAUGCAGAUUGUUCGUGCGAGCCAUACUAAGAAACUCAAAUUGAUCGAUGUACAACGCGAUCACGGUGGCAGCUAUAUCGAACCGCUGCAACAGGAGCAGACGACUCCCUUCAAUCUUAAGUCUGAACCAGGAUGGAGGGUAUCGCUGCUACGAUUAGGCGAAGAGGAUCACAUCCUCUCUAUCGUCUUACAUCACAUCAUAUACGACGGCUGGUCUAUCGAGAUUCUCCAAAGAGAAAUAGCUGCAUUCUACGCUGCGGCCCUCCACGGGCAGGAUCCCCUAUCACAGACGCAACCGCUGCCAAUUCAGUAUCGAGACUUUGCGAUUUGGCAGAGGCAGGACGAACAAGUUGCCGAGCAACAGCGACAGCUUGAUUACUGGGUCGAACAACUGGAGGACAGCUCUCCCGCCGAGCUGCCUGUCGACCGGCCUCGCCCAGCCGCGUUAUCUGGGGAGGCAGGCCAGGUCGAGUUCGCUAUCGAAGGUCCAGUGUAUAAGAGCCUUCUUGCAUAUUGCCAAGUACACCAAACUACCCCCUUCGUCGUGCUGCUGGCGUCGUUCCGUGCAGCCCACUAUCGCCUCACAGGAGCAGAAGACGCAACUAUUGGCACGCCUAUCGCUAACCGCAACCGACCAGAGCUGGAAGACCUUGUCGGUUUCUUUACUAACACCCAGUGUAUGCGAAUAGCUAUCGAAGAUGACGAGACUUUUGACGGGUUAGUGCAACAGGUCCGGUUAACGACCUUAGCUGCACACCAAAAUCAAGAUGUGCCUUUCGAGCGCGUCGUGUCAGCCGUGUUACCAGGAUCGAGGGACGUAUCUCGUAAUCCGCUAGCACAGCUAAUGUUCGCCCUUCAUUCUCAGCAAGGCAUCGGCAACGUUGACUUGGAAGGACUAGAGAGCGAGACCCUACCUAUAGCAAGCUCAACUCGUUUCGACUUGGAAUUUCACUUAGCCCAGAAGUCUGACAGCUUAGCGGGUCAUGUCUUAUUUGCCACGGAGCUCUUUGAGCUUGAGAGCAUCCGCAACAUAGUCGCCGUCUUCCGGGAGGUGUUGCACCAGAGCCUCGAGCAGCCACAGACGCCAAUUUCAGUCCUCCCAUUGACAAAUAAUCUAAAGGAGCUUCGCAGUAUGGGACUGCUUCAGAUCGAGAAGACUAAGUAUCCGAGAGAGUCAAGCGUCGUCGAUGUCUUCCGCGAACAAGUAACCGCUUCUCCGCACGCAAUAGCCAUCAUAGACGCAUCCUCACAGUUAACCUACGCUCAGUUGGACCAGCAGUCCGACAAGGUCGCGGUAUGGUUACAUCAAAGGCGACUUGAGGCCGAAACGCUGAUUGGGGUAUUGGCACCGCGGUCAUCCCAGACAAUCAUCUCCAUCCUCGGCAUUCUCAAGGCAGGUCUGGCCUAUCUUCCACUGGAUGUCAACGCCCCUGCUUCCAAUAUCGCAGCGGUCCUAUCGGCGGUCCCAGGUCAUAGGCUUGUACUGCUCGGGGACGACUCGGCUGAACCGGAUGCCAGACUGGGAGAUGUUGAGCUAGUGAGGAUCGGUCAGGCCAUGGUCCAGGACGGCCCGGUUGAUGCCACAGCUGCUGAUAUGGAACCCUACGCAACGAGCCUCGCAUGUGUCAUGUUCACUUCCGACACUGCCGGCCGGGAUAAAGGCGUCAUGAUUGAGCACCGCGGCAUUGUACGGCUUGUGAAACAGAGCAACCUCGUACAUAACCUCCCACCAGCAGUCCACGUGGCACACCUAUCAAACAUGGAUUGCAAUGCGUCGAUGUGGGAGAUGUAUACAGCGUUGCUUAAUGGAGGAACGCUGGUAUGCAUUGAACCCUCUACCAGCGGGAACAUCCAAGCUCUCAACUCCGUGUUUACAAGUGAAAAGGUAAGCGAGGCUAUGCUCUCACCAGAGCUACUCGAGCAGUGCCUCGCCCAGAUGCCUUCUACGCUCAGCAGUUUGGAAGUUCUCUACAUAAACGGAGGCCGACCACGCGGCAGCGAUAUUAUCAAAGCCCGAGAGCUUGUGCGGAGCGGCGUUUACAACGUCUAUGGUCCCACGGAGAACACAGUCGCCAGCACUGUAUACAGCGUCGUUGGGGACGAGUCUUUCGCAAACGGCGUUCCUAUCGGACGGGCUAUCUCCAACUCCGGGGCUUACAUCAUGGAUUCCAGGCAGCGGCCUGUGCCCCUUGGCGUGAUUGGUGAGCUCGUCCUUACGGGUGACGGGCUGGCUCAGGGGUAUACGGAUCCAUCGCUUGAAGCAGGCCGUUUUGUUCAUAUCAUCAGCGAUGGCGGCCGCCGCAUGAGAGCUUACAGGACCGGUGACCUCGCACGUUAUCGGCCAAAAGACGGCCAGAUCGAGCUUUUCGGACGGAUAGAUGAGCAGAUUAAGAUCAGGAGCCACCGUAUUAAUGCGGCCGAGGUGGUACAUGAAACAAUCAAAAUCAACGGUAACAGCUUCGAGCCGGCCCAGGUGGAGCAGGCUAUGCUGGGGCAUCCCGCCGUCCGUGAUGCCGCUGUUGUCACUUAUGGUAAAGCUGGCGAGGCACAGGAGCUGUUUGGAUUCGUCACGGCGAAGGAAGACCAGUCUAUACAGGGCGAACUGAGACACCAGGUGGAGGGCUCGGAAGCCAACUUGGAGGCAAAAGUUCGCGAGCACCUACAGUCACUACUCGCGCCGUACAUGGUCCCUUCGCAUAUCGUAUUGCUGGAACAGCUGCCUGUUAACGCCAAAGGCGAGGUAGACCGGCGUAAGCUCUCUCGACAGGCUCAGAUGAUGCCGAGGGCCAAGGCAGCUUCAACUCGCGUGGCCCCCCGUAACGAGGUGGAAGCGGCGCUCUGCGAAGAGUAUUCUAGUGUACUCGGGGCUAAAAUCAGCAUUACUGACAACUUCUUCGAUAUGGGCGGGCACUCCUUGAUGGCGACAAAGCUUGCAGCACGCAUCAGCAGACGGCUAGAUGUCUUCGUUUCUGUCAAAGACAUCUUCAAUCAGCCAGUUAUCGCGGAUCUUGCGGCGACGAUCCAACAAGGCUCAGCCCAGCACAGUCUGAUCCCUUCUACAGCCUAUAACGGGCCAAUAGAGCAGUCAUAUGCCCAAGGCCGCUUGUGGUUCAUUGAACGUUUGUAUCCAGGGUCGACCUGGUAUCUCAUGCCGUUCGCCACCCGGCUCAGGGGGCCGUUGAAUCUUGAUGCGCUCUCUGCAGCUCUGCUAGCACUAGAGCAGCGUCAUGAACCGCUGCGUACCACGUUUGAGCAGCGUGAUGGCAUCAACCUGCAAGUUGUUCAUCCGUUUAUACGGAGUGAGCUGCGGAUCAUUGACAUCCCCGGAGGCAACGAAGAGCAACUUAAGCAGGCUUUGAAAACAGAAAACUCGACCCCCUUUAGUUUAGAGACAGAGCCCGGUUGGCGCCCAGUCCUCUUCCGCAUGGGCGAGCAACAUCAUGUGCUAUCUAUUGUAAUGCAUCAUAUCAUUUCCGACGGCUGGUCUGUCGAUGUCCUCCAGCGCGAAUUGGCUGCAUUUUAUACUACCGCCAGUCAAGGCCGAGACCCUUUGUCAGAGGUACGCCCUCUGCCGAUCCAAUACCGAGACUUUGCAGUCUGGCAGAGACAGGAGGAACAGGUAAUCGAGCAUGAACGUCAACUAGAGUAUUGGAAACUGCAGCUCGAUGGUAGCCAGCCGGCUACCCUGCUCUGUGAUAAGUCAAGGCCGGUCAUACCGUCCGGGGUGGCGAGCGUACACCAGGUGAUGAUCGAGGGCGCACUCUACAGUGACCUCCAGCAAUAUUGUAAAAAGUAUCAAAGCACACCCUUCACGGUCCUUCUCGCUGCGUUCAGGGCCACGCACUAUCGUCUUACCGGAGUACGAGACGCAACAAUCGGCACGCCUAUUGCGAACCGAAACCGCCAGGAACUUGAAGAGAUGAUUGGUUUCUUCGUUAACCUACAGUGUCUGCGAACUACGAUAGACGAAGACGAAACAUUCAACAGCUUAGUACAGCAGGCCGAAUCCGUGAGCACUGCGGCGUCUGUACAUCAGGAUGUUCCUUUCGACCGGCUGGUGACAGAGCUUCGACCGGACGGCGCCCCUGACCUUUCGCGCAAUCCUCUUGUGCAAAUGACGUUCACCGUUCAUUAUCAGCAUAACUUAGGUCAUAUAAAGUUAGGUGACCUCCGUGGAGAGCUGUUGACUGGUGCGAGUACUACCAGAUUCGAUCUCGAGUUCCACGUCUUCCAGGAAGACGGCCGUAUGCGUGGCAUCUUCAUCUUCUCCGACGAUCUCUUUAAUGCCGUCUCCAUCCGCAGCAUGGCGUCUACGUUCUGUGAGGUCCUUCGCUGCGGCCUCAAAGAGCCGACAAUCUCCAUACCUACCAUGCCUCUGACCGAGGGUCUCUCGGCCCUUAACCAGAUAGGACUCACACAAGGAGAGCGAACUAACUAUCCGCGGGAUUUCAGCGUACCAGCCGUCUUCCGUCAACUGGUCGCUAUCCACGGCGAAGUGGUAGCCGUCAAGGACGGUUCUACUCAGCUGACGUAUGCUGAACUAGACAAGCAAUCGGACCGGAUAGCAUGCUGGCUGACCCAGCGAGGCUUGGCCCCAGAGACCGUAAUAGGAAUACUAGCCCCACGGUCCUGCGAGACUAUCGUGGCCAUCCUCGGCAUUCUCAAAGCCGACAUGGCAUAUCUGCCGCUGGAUGUUAAGGUGCCGGUCGGUAGAAUGGAGAGUAUCCUCUCCGCGAUUCAGGGCGACAAGCUUCUUCUGCUAGGAGAAGGAAUCGCUGCUCCGGCUAUCCAGCUGAAGGACGUCGAAUUUCUUGCCAUCGCCGACAUACGAGACUGCCAGACUAUGACGCAGCUUCCUACUCCCAAGGCCACGAGCCUUGCAUACGUAAUGUUCACUUCGGGAUCAACUGGACGGCCAAAAGGCGUCUUGAUUGAGCAUCGCGGUAUCAUUCGGCUUGUAAAGCAGAGCAAUGUUGUCUCGAAACUACCGCCGGCGGCGCGCGUAGCGCACUUGUCAAACCUGGCUUUUGACGCAUCCACAUGGGAGAUGUACACGUCACUGCUCAACGGCGGCACCUUGGUUUGUAUCGAUUAUUACACCACGUUGGAUAGCCAAGCACUCCAGGCUGUUUUUGCUACGGAACAAGUUUGCGUAGCAUUACUUGCACCGGCGUUACUCAAGCAAUACCUAGCCAAUAUCCCUGCUACCAUAGCCGCCCUGAAGCUGCUACUCGUUGGUGGUGACCGGUUUGAUAGUCGAGAUGCCAUCGAGGCGCGAGAGGUUGUUCAAGGGAGCGUUUACAACGCCUACGGCCCCACAGAGAACACGGUCGUCAGCACUAUUUGCAACGUUUCCGAAUGCGAGAAGGACGCUUUUGUGAACGGCGUUCCAAUCGGGCGGCCUAUCAGUAACUCUGGGACCUACAUAAUGGACCCGAACCAGCAACUCGUCCCCAUCGGCGUCAUGGGCGAGCUUAUCCUGACUGGUGACGGACUUGCUCGGGGAUAUACAGACCCAGCGCUGGCUCAAGACCGCUUUGUUCAAAUUACCGUCGACGGCCGGAACAUCAGGGCAUACAGAACGGGUGACCGGGCGCGUUAUCGGCCAAGCGACGGUCAGAUUGAGUUCUUUGGACGGAUGGACCAGCAAAUCAAAAUCAGGGGUCACCGCAUCGAACCGGCUGAGGUAGAGCACGCGAUGCUGAGCCAUGACGCGGUCUGCGAUGCCGUAAUUGUGGUGCAACAGCGAGAGGGCCAGGAGCUGGAGAUGGUCGGCUUCGUUGCUGCCCACAGCAGCAAGUUCGUCGAGCAAGGCGAGGCCAGCCACCAGGUGGAGGGAUGGGGUAAUCACUUCGACACCAUCACCUAUGCAGACAUUAAUACGAUCGAUCAGUCGGCGGUCGGUAAUGAUUUCUUAAACUGGACGUCCAUGUACGACGGCACCGAGAUCGACAAGGGUGAAAUGCAGGAAUGGCUCGACGAAACGAUGCAUACACUUCUUGAUGGCCGACCGGCUGGUCAUGUCUUGGAGAUAGGCACCGGCACUGGUAUGAUACUUUUCAACCUCGGCGAGGGCCUACAAAGCUAUGUCGGUCUCGAGCCUUCGACGUCAGCAACCUCGUUCGUCAACGAAAUGAUCAAGUCUUCCCCGACCAUGUCAGGUAAGGCCAAGGUUCACGUGGGCACAGCGGCAGACGUCAGCCGGCUCCAUGGAAUCCGGCCAGACCUGGUGGUCAUCAAUUCGGUCGCCCAGUAUUUCCCUUCCCAGGAGUACUUGUUGGAUGUGGUUGACGUUCUCACUCGGCUCCCUGGUGUUCAACGUCUGUUCUUUGGCGACAUGCGAACCAACGCUAUUAACAGAGAUUUCCUCACAGCAAGGUCUCUACGCAUGCUAGGAGAGGCGGUAACUAAAGACUUGAUUCGGCAGAAGGUAGCAGAACUUGAAGAGCGCGAAGAGGAGCUUCUCGUAGACCCGGGUUUUUUCACGGCGUUGACGAGCCGGUUUCCUGGUCGGAUCAGUCACAUCGAGGUUCUGCCGAAGAGGAUGAAAGCCACCAACGAGCUCAGCUCGUACCGGUUCGCGGCUGUCGUGCAUGUGCGUGCCCAAAAGGAGCAGGAGCUUCAUAUAAACAAGAUCAAUGAUAGCGCGUGGGUCGACUUCAAGAAGUCUCGGCUGGAUCGCUCCGGGCUCCUCGGUCUUCUGCAAAGCUCGCCGGAGGCAUUGACGGUUGCAAUCAGUAACAUUCCCUACAGCAAGACUAUUGUGGAACGGCACUUGAACCAAUCUCUCGACGACGAUGAAGAAGACGCCUCGGUAGACGGGACUGAAUGGGUCUCUGCCAUAGGUACUGAGGCGGGCUUCCGAGUCGAGCUCAGCUGGGCGCGGCAGUAUUCCCAGAACGGCGCCAUUGACGCAGUCUUCCACCAUCUUCCGCCCGCCAAAGACGGCCACCGACUCAUGUUCAAUUUUCCGACUGACCACCAGGGGCGGUCAUCUGGUACCCUCACGAACCGACCCCUACAGCGCCUCCAGAGCCGUCGCAUCGAGGCUGAGAUCCACGGCCACCUACAGACGCUUCUCCCACCCUACAUGGUCCCAUCACAGAUCAUCGUACUGGAUGAGAUGCCUGUCAACGCCAACGGCAAGGUAGAUCGGCGCAAGCUUGCCCAGAAAGCCCGAACUGCUCCGAAGGCCAAGUCUUCAUCCUCGCGCGUGGCUCCUCGGAACGAAGUAGAGUCUGUGCUAUGCGAUGAAUUCGCUGAUGUGCUUGGCGUCGAGGUUGGCAUUACUGAUAACUUCUUUGAUCUCGGCGGACACUCCCUCAUGGCAACAAAGCUUGCCGCACGCCUCAGCAAGCGGUUGAACACCCAGAUCUCUGUUAAGAACAUAUUUGAUCACGCACUCAUCACCGACCUGGCUGCCAACGUUCAGCAGGGCUCUAGCGAGCACAACGCAAUCAAAUCUCGACCUUAUGAUGGGCCCGUGGAGCAAUCCUUCGCCCAAGGUCGUAUGUGGUUCCUGGACCAGCUCAUUGGAGCAUCGUGGUACAUCAUGCCGCUCGCAGUACGUUUGCGUGGGCCGCUGCAGGUUCAGGCACUUGCUGCGGCGUUCAAUGCUUUGGAGCUACGCCACGAGACAUUGCGCACAACCUUUGGAGAAAAAGGUGGCGUUGGCAUCCAGAUCAUUCAUCCACACCAACCCAAAGAGCUCCGAGUGAUUGGCGUGCCGGCAAAUCAUAAUGGAGACUAUUCUGAGGUGCUCCAGAAGGAGCAAAGUACUCCUUUUGACCUUACAGCCGAGCCAGGCUGGCGGCCAGCACUCAUCCGCCUAGGCGAACAGGAUCAUGUUCUCUCUAUCGUCAUGCAUCAUAUUAUCUACGACGGUUGGUCUCUCGAAAUCCUCCAGCGUGAGCUAGCUGCCUUCUACGCCUCUGCUGUCCGGGGCCAAGACCCCCUCGAUCAAGUUACGCCACUGUCCAUCCAAUACAGGGACUUUGCCUUGUGGCAGAAGCAAGAUGCACAGGCUGCUGAACAGGAGCGCCAGCUAUCCUACUGGCGGGAGCAGCUAGAAGGCAGCCGACCGGCUAGCUUAUUCUGCGACGUAGUACGGCCGGCUACGCUUUCUGGUGAUGCCGAUGCCGUUUCAAUUACUAUCAAAGGCUCUACCUAUAGCCGCCUCCAGGCCUACUGCCGCGAUCAUCAAGCCACCCAGUUUACUAUUCUCCUAGCUGCGUUCCGGGCUGCGCAUUAUCGACUUACAGGCAUCGAAGACGCAACUAUAGGCACACCGAUUGCUAAUCGCAACCGCCCAGAGCUAGAGGGUCUUGUCGGCUUCUUUGUCAACACCCAGUGCAUGCGUAUCACUAUCGAAGAAGAGGAUGAAACCUUUGAAUCGCUAGUCCGUCAAGUGCGGGCUACAGCCAACGCCGCGUAUGAGAACCAAGAUGUACCAUUCGAGCGUAUUGUAUCAGCCCUACUUCCUGGAUCAAGAGACACAUCCCGCAACCCAUUAGUGCAAAUCAUGUUCGCCGUCCACACCCAGCAGGGCAUCGGAGGCAUACAGCUGGAGAACAUGACCAGCGAGCCUUUACCAGCCGAGGCGACAACACGAUUUGAUAUGGAAUUCCACCUGUUCCAAAAUGACGGUCAGCUCACGGGUAAUAUUCUAUAUGCUGUUGACCUCUUCACGCCAGAGACAAUCCGCGGCGUGGCUGAUAUCUUCCAAGAGGUCCUAUCUCGUUGUCUCGAGCAGCCGGAGGCAGCACUGUCGUCUUUGCCACUAACCGAUGGCCUACCCAAGCUGCGUGACAUGGGUCUACUUACAAUUCCCACGGAUCCCUAUCCGAGAAAGGCCAGUAUAACAGACCUCUUCCGCAAACAGGCAUUGUUGCAUCCGCAAUCACCGGCUGUCAUUGAUGAUUCCUCAUCGAGUUCGAUGACUUAUUCCCAGCUUGACCAACAAUCUGACAGGUUGGCUGCCUGGCUCCGUCUUCGAAACAUGGAAGAUGAGACGCUGGUCGGUGUGCUGGCACCGCGCUCGUGCGAGGCCAUCGUGGCUUUCCUCGGUAUUCUCAAGGCGAAUCUAGCCUAUCUCCCUCUCGACGUCAAGGCCCCUGCCGCACGUCUCGAAGCCAUCCUAUCGGCAGCCUCGGGGAAGAAGCUGGUGCUUCUAGGCGCCGACGUUUCAGUCCCCGACGAGGGCCUCGCAGACGCCGAGCUGGUGCGAAUCGGAACGACUCUUGAGGGCUCACAUGAUUCCAAGGACACCGCGGUCCCGCGACCCUCCGCCACCAGUCUUGCAUACACCAUUUUCACCUCCGGUUCGACCGGCAAACCCAAAGGCGUCAUGGUCGAACAUCGUGGCGUCGUACGACUUGUCCAGAACAGUAAUGUGGUGUCCCGGCUUCCAAAAGCAGCCCGCGUGGCGCACUUGUCCAAUAUCGCAUUUGAUGCCGCCACGUGGGAGAUCUAUGCCGCGCUUCUAAACGGCGGUACUGUUGUCUGUGUCGACUACUUCACAACUUUAGACAGCAAAGCCCUGCAGGCCCUGUUUGAGCGCGAACGGGUGCAAGCAGCCAUGUUGCCGCCGGCCUUGCUUAAGCAAUGCCUUGCCAGCAACCCUUCUAUGUUCAAUUCAAUGGAGCUCUUAUUCGCUGCUGGCGACCGUUUUGAUGCCCAUGAUGCGAUUAAAGCAAAUUCCAUACUUCCAGGGGGGGUAUACAACGCUUACGGGCCGACAGAAAACACCGUCCUCAGCACCAUCCACCAGGUCCGCGACCGGGAGCUGUACAUCAACGGCGUCCCGAUCGGACAGGCCGUAAGCAACUCCGGGGCCUAUAUAAUGGACGUACGUCAAAACCUUGUGCCCAUCGGCGUCAUGGGAGAGCUUGUCGUCACAGGCGAUGGUCUCGCCCGAGGGUAUACUGAUUCGGCACUUGAUGCGAAUCGGUUCGUCCAUAUCACCAUUGAAGGCCUGCCACCAAUACGGGCGUACCGAACCGGCGACCGCGGGCGGUAUCGUCCCGAUGGGCAAAUCGAAUUCUUUGGGCGCAUGGAUCAGCAGGUCAAGAUCCGUGGCCACCGUGUAGAGCCGGCUGAAAUCGAGCAGGUAAUCCUCAGGCAUACUGUGGCCUCGGACGCCGUUGUCGUCCUACGCACGCAGGAAGGUCAGGAGACGGAGAUUGUAGGCUUCGUCGCGGUUCAGUACACCAACGGUGUCGAUGCGGAGCACGCAGAAGCGGCACAAGAACGGUUCGCCGCGGAGAUGGAAAAGGAAAUACACCACAAGCUGCAGACCGUAUUGCCGCCCUACAUGGUGCCGACGCAGCUCGUUGUGUUGAAGCAGCUACCUGUUAAUGCCAACGGUAAGGUAGACCGUCGCAAACUCGCCCAUCAGGCCCAGAUGGCCCCAAGAAGACAGGCGGCGUCGACAAGGGUGGCACCGCGUGAUGAGGUCGAGGUGGCGCUUUGUGAAGAGUUCCAAAAGGUGCUCGGCGCCGAGGUCGGCAUCACUGACAAUUUCUUCGACCUCGGUGGACAUUCCCUGAUGGCAACGAUGCUCGCAGCACACAUCAGUAGCCGUCUGGGCUCCCGCGUGUCCGUGAAGGACAUCUUCGACCAGCCGGUUCCAAUCGACCUAGCGAACAAGAUCCGGGCCAAUCCAUUGCGAAGCGGUGCAGUGAGUAAAAGCCCCGUUCUGAAAGCAAACAGCGCUCCUUUCGAGCUACUUCCUUUCAAAGACGCGCAGAAAUUUGUCGAGCUUGAAAUCUACCCACAGCUCGGCCUUGACCGUGACGAGAUCCUGGAUGUGUACCCUACCACGUGGGUUCAGAAGAUCUGCCUCCAUGAUCCAAGCACGGGACAGCCGCGCCCCCUGGCCGUCUUCCAUAUCGACUUCCCGGCCGACUCGAACUGUGCUAGGCUGAUGGAGACGUGCAAAGCCCUGGUCAACCAUUUCGACAUCUUCAGGACGGUCUUCUUGUCGGCCGCCGGCAGCUUCUAUCAGGUUGUUCUUAAACAACUUGAAGUACCCAUCGAAUUUGUUGAAACUGAGGCAGAUCUCGACACGGCGACCCAUGCGUUCGAGGCGUUGGAUCAGCAGCAGCCGCUCUCCAUGGGCAAAUCAGUACUUCGCAUCGCUAUCAUAAAGAAUAGGGCAACCGCGGUGCGAGUAGCACUUCGGAUGUCCCACGCCGUGUAUGACGGCAUGAGUUUGGCGCACGUCGUGCAGACUUUCCACGCCCUCUACAACGGUGAUCGUCUCCCGACCCCACCCAGCUUUUCACGAUAUAUUCAACACAUGGUCGACAGCCGAGACGAAGGGCUCAAAUAUUGGCGCUCUCUUCUUCGUGGCUCGUCGAUGACGGCCAUGAAAAGCCCCAGAGGCGCUCCUCAACAGGAACCUGGGCCCAACGGUGCCUGUAUGCUGGAGAAAUCCAUCAAGGUCCACUUCCAACCAAACGCAGAGGGCAUCACAGGUGCAACCGUGUUCACAGCCGCUUGCGCUCUGCUUUUUGCAAAAGAGACAGGAUCCAGCGAUCUCUUAUUUGGCCGGGUUGUAUCCGGGCGGCAGUGUUUGCCGCUCAGCUGCCAACAAAUCGUUGGACCUUGCACGAACGCUGUUCCUGUUCGCGUCUCCGUGGACGGAAAUGGCAGCCCGAGACAACUGCUCCGUAAGGUGAGAGAUCAGUACCUCGAAAGUAUGCCUUACGAAACCCUGGGUUUGGAGGAUAUCGGGGAAAACUGCACGGACUGGCCAGAAACGCCGACAGACUACAACCUCUACAUCGCGUUCCAGAACAUCGAGCUGGCUCCCGAAAGCCGAAGCGGAGAUCAGCGGGUACAACUGCAGCAUCUAGAACCAGACGUCGCAGACCGGAAGCCCGGCGACCACGAUCCUACUCUGAAGAGAUUUUACGUGGAAACUGCAUCGCCCCAUCAGAUGGAUAUCACGGGAAUCCCCGAGCCCGGCGGACUACUACGCGUCGCUGUGGGCGCGAACCGAAGCGUUUGCGACGAGACGACGGUAGAACGCAUGCUCAACGAGCUUUGUGAAACCAUCCAAGCCCUGUCCACGGCUCUGCAGAACCAACUAGCAAGCCCCGUCGGCGAUCAGAGUCCGGUCUACGUCCUCGGGGUUGGCAACCUGGGCAAAUUUGUCGCUCACGCUUUGAGAAAACACUACCCUGGAUUGCCCAUCACGCUGCUGUUCCAUCGAGAUGAGCUAGCGUCUCAAUGGGACGCGGCUGGCGAGUCCAUUGAAUGCGUUACGGACGGCAGACCCGACCAGACAAGGGGCUUCAAUGUUGAACUAAUCUCCAGCACGACCGGCGAAGCCGGCGCGCGAGCAUCGGAAGCCCCGAUCCAAAACCUUAUUGUGGCAACCAAGACGUACACGGCAGCUUCGGCUGUUGACAUGGUAAAGCACCGCCUUGGGAGCACUUCUACCGUGGUGUUUUUGCAGAACGGAAUGGGUGUGGUGGACGAAGUGUCCGCUUCGGUUUUCGGCAAUGCCCAGUCACAACCAUCAUAUUGGGCCGGCAUCUGUACUUUCGGCGUGUAUAGCACGUCCCCGUUCUCCAUCGUCCAUGCUGGUCGAGGCCCGAUGGUUCUGGGGCAACUUUCUGGGCUUUCGAGUGAUACACCCGAAGAUACUUCUUCUCCAGCCACACUGCCUGCCCCUACCUUUCUCAUCGACAAGCUGCUGGCAAUGUCCGACGUCAAAGCAACCCUCGCAACACCGAUCGGGGUCAAGGAGGCACAACUGCAGAAGCUGGUUGUGAACGCCAUAAUCAAUCCCUUGACCGCUAUAUUCCGGACCAAGAACGGUCAGCUUUUCGACCACCCGGCGAGGUUUGCGUUGAUGAAGGUGCUUCUGGAAGAGACGGGACAGAUUGUCAGGGCACUGUUGCCUCAGACGCCGCAAAGCCCUACGAAUUCCACUUUCGCGGACGAGACCCUACUAAAGAUGGUUCUGAGAGUUGCCGAGAAGUCGGGGCCGUGUAGGAGCUCAAUGUUACAGGACGUCGAAGCAGGGCAGACGACCGAGAUUGACUAUAUCAACGGGUAUCUGGUCAUGCAAGCGAAGCGUUUAGGCCUACCCUGCGUCAACAACAGCAUCGUUGUCGACCUCGUGUCGCAGCGGCGGGUCAUCAAUGUUGACGACAUCCAGUCCACAUUUGACUGGGUUAUCCUAAAGAGGGACCUGGCCUUGUUGGACCCUCUUUCGGGAGGACAUAAACGACAAGUGGAUGUCGAAGUUACCAGGCUGGUUGACUAA